ACCAUGACGCGGAGAAGGACACGUAAACUUCGUGCAUGGAUUGUGGAACAGGUGAGCAGCGGUAAAUACGCCGGUCUGACAUGGGAGGACGAGUCCAAAACCAUGUUCCGAAUCCCAUGGAAACACGCCGGGAAGCAGGACUUCCGGAAGGACGAGGACGCCGCCAUCUUUAAGGCGUGGGCUGAAUUCAAAGGCAAAAUGGACGACAACAACCCGGCCGCUUGGAAGACGCGUUUACGCUGCGCCCUCAAUAAGAGCUCAGAGUUCACCGAAGUUGUCGAGCGAGCACAGAUGGACAUCUCGGAACCGUACAAAGUUUACCGGCUCGUACCGCUUAACGAACAAAAUGCAGAGACGUUUGACAGUAAACGUGGUAAGAAACGCGGCCGAAAGUGCAAACGCCGGAGCAGCGACGAGGAAGAUGUCGUUCACGCCAAGGAGAUCAAAACGGAUGAUGACGAGGUCGAGCCGUGUGCGGAAGAAGUUGUGGCGACCCAAAAUAUCCUGCCGCAGCUGGUCCAGACGGACGACGAUCUACAGUUAGCUCCCUUAAGAGAAAUUCGACUUGAUGUGCGCAUUGAGGAGAGUUGCACACCGCCUCCUGAAGAAAAUAUCCCCCCCAAAAAGUACAUUUUUUGCGCAGACUCGGACUCGUUGUUGGUGUCUGUGCAUUAUUUGGGCCAGCAAGUGUUGACGUGUCUCAUCCACGGUCCCAACGUGCGCAUCCUGUACGCACCGUCGUCCUCACCUAUGCCGCCCACGCCGGCCCCCGACGCCGUCUUCCCACGCAUCUACCUCCCGCCGCCACCACCCUCCGAGGACGCCGAAAGGACUCUCCUCUUUCUGCUGCACUACAUGGAGAAAGGUGUGGUGCUGACGUCCACUCCGCGGGGCGUCUACGGGAAACGCUUUUGCCAGGGCCGCGUCUUCUGGACGGGGCCGCACGUGGCCGAUUCAGGCCUGCACAAGAUGGAGAGAGACUCGGGGCCCGUCCUGCUGUUCAGCAAAGACGCCUUCAAGCAAGAACUUGAGAACUUCCGUGUAAAUGGUGGCGAGCCGCCACAAUGCAGCCUCACGCUUUGCUUCGGAGAAGAACUGAGCAGCUCUGAAGAUCCGUCCAAAAAAUUCAUUAUUGUCCUGGUGACACUACCGUGGGCACAAGAGCAAGUGGAAAGCUCUCGCUCCAUUUUAGAUUCCUUUGACUUUCUCCAGUCUCCACCUGACGAAAUCACGCUCAACCUAGUCGCCGUGCCGGCCGAGGAAGAGACGCCUUGA